UGUACGUGCGCUGGAUCAGUUAUCGUGGAGAGCCGAGCUGAGUGAGAGCUGACCAGAAAUUAACUGAGAGUGAAAACAUAUAGCUUAGGGCCUAGGUAGCAAGGAGCAACCUUUCGUAAAUUCCACUUAUUCUGUUUCGAAACCUGUUUAAUUGCGCUGUAUUCUAUUGCAGAAUGCCUUCAACAACAUCAGGGGGGCCACCCUCUGAUUUGCUUGUGACUGCAAUUGCUUCUCAUCCAGUAGCAACUAUGGUCCACAAAAAUCAGAAACCGGCAUUUGCUUGUGACAUUUGUGGAAAAUGCUUCUCACAGAAAGGCAACCUUCGCCAACAUCAGAGGAUCCACACUAAUGAGAAACCAUUUGCUUGUGACAUUUGUGGCAAUUGUUUCUCAUCCAGUAGCAACCUUGGUAGACAUAAGAUGGUCCACAAUAAGCAGAAACCAUUUGCUUGUGACAUUUGUGGAAAAUGCUUCUCACAGAAAGGAAACCUUCACCAACAUCAGAUAAUCCACACUAGUGAGAAACCAUUUGCUUGUGACAUUUGUGGCAAAGGCUUUUCUCGGCGUAACCAUCUAGUAGGACAUAAGAUGGUCCACACUAAAAAGAAACCACCUUGCUGGUGCCUCUCGCACCCUGGUUCUCUACAACAACAUCAGAGAGUCCACACAAAUGAGAAACCAUUUUUGUGUGACAUUUGUGGCAAAGGCUUUUCACGAAAUUGCCUCCUACAAAUCCAUCAGAGGGUCCACACUAAUGAGAAACCAUUUGCUUGUGACAUUUGUGGCAAAGGCUUUUCACAAAAUGGCAUCCUGCGAAGGCAUAAGAAGGUCCACACCAGUGAGAGACCAUACGUUUGUGAUAUUUGUGGCAAAGCUUGCUCCCGUAAAUACACCCUACAAAUCCAUCAGAGGGUUCACACUAAUGAGAAACCAUUUGCUUGUGACAUUUGUGGCAAAUGCUUCUCUUCCAGUAACAACCUUGGAAGACAUAAGAUGGUCCACAAUAAUCAUAAACCAUUUGCUUGUGACUUAUGUGGAAUAUGCUUUUCACAGAAAAGCAACCUUCACCAACAUCAGAGGAUCCACACUAAUGAGAAACCAUUUGCUUGUGACAUUUGUGGCAAAGGCUUCUCUCGGCGUAACCAUCUAGUAGGACAUAAGAUGGUCCACACUAAAAAGAAACCACUUGUUGGUGACAUUUGUAACAAAGGCUUCACACAACCAGGUGCUCUACAACAACAUCAGAGAGUCCACACUAAUGAGAAAACAUUAUUGUGUGACAUUUGUGGCAAAGGCUUCUCAUCCAACAGCACCCUUGGAAAACAUAAGAUGGUCCACAAUAAUCAGAAACCAAUUGCUUGUGACAUUUGUGGAAAAUGCUUCUCACAGAAAAGCAACCUUUACCAACAUCAGAGGAUCCACACUAAUGAGAAACCAUUUGCUUGUGACAUUUGUGGCAAAGGCUUCUCUUCCAGUAACAACCUUGGAAGACAUAAGAUGAUCCACAAUAAUCAUAAACCAUUUGCUUGUGACAUUUGUGGAAAAUGCUUCUCACAGAGAGGAAACCUUCACCAACAUCAGAUAAUCCACACUAAUGAGAAACCAUUUGCUUGUGACAUUUGUGGCAAAGGCUUCUCUCGGCGUAACCAUCUAGAAGGACAUAAGAUGGUCCACACUAAAAAGAAACCACUUGCUGGUGACAUUUGUAACAAAGGCUUCUCACAACCAGGUUUUCUACACCAACAUCAGAGAGUCCACACUAAUGAGAAACCAUUAUUGUGUGACAUUUGUGGCAAAGGCUUCUCAUCCAGUAGCACCCUUGGAAAACAUCAGGGGGGCCACAAUAAUCAGAAACCAUUUGCUUGUGACAUUUGUGGAAAAUGCUUCUCACAAAAAAGCAACCUUUACCAACAUCAGAGGAUCCACACUAAUGAGAAACCAUUUGCUUGUGACAUUUGUGGCAAAGGCUUCUCUCGGCGUAACCAUCUAGAAGGACAUAAGAUGGUCCACACUAAAAAGAAACCACUUGCUGGUGACAUUUGUAACAAAGGCUUCUCACAACCAGGUUUUCUACACCAACAUCAGAGAGUCCACACUAAUGAGAAACCAUUAUUGUGUGACAUUUGUGGCAAAGGCUUCUCAUCCAGUAGCACCCUUGGAAAACAUCAGGGGGGCCACAAUAAUCAGAAACCAUUUGCUUGUGACAUUUGUGGAAAAUGCUUCUCACAGAAAAGCAACCUUUACCAACAUCAGAGGAUCCACACUAAUGAGAAACCAUUUGCUUGUGACAUUUGUGGCAAAGGCUUCUCUUCCAGUAACAACCUUGGAAGACAUAAGAUGAUCCACAAUAAUCAUAAACCAUUUGCUUGUGACAUUUGUGGAAAAUGCUUCUCACAGAAAGGAAACCUUCACCAACAUCAGAUAAUCCACACUAAUGAGAAACCAUUUGCUUGUGACAUUUGUGGCAAAGGCUUCUCUCGGCGUAACCAUCUAGUAGGACAUAAGAUGGUCCACACUAAAAAGAAACCACUUGCUGGUGACAUUUGUAACAAAGGCUUCUCACAACCAGGUUUUCUACACCAACAUCAGAGAGUCCACACUAAUGAGAAACCAUUAUUGUGUGAAAUUUGUGGCAAAGGCUUCUCAUCCAGUAGCACCCUUGGAAAACAUAAGAUGGUCCACAAUAUUCAGAAACCAUUUGCUUGUGACAUUUGUGGAAAAUGCUUCUCACAGAAAUGCAACCUUUACCAACAUCAGAGGAUCCACACUAAUGACAAACCAUUUGCUUGUGACAUUUGUGGCAAAGGCUUCUCAUCCAGUAGCAACCUUGGAAGACAUAAGAUGAUCCACAAUAAUCAUAAACCAUUUGCUUGUGACAUUUGUGGAAUAUGCUUUUCACAGAAAAGCAACCUUCACCAACAUCAGAGGAUCCACACUAAUGAGAAACCUUUUGCUUGUGAUAUUUGUGGCAAAGGCUUCUCUCGGCGUAACCAACUAGGAAGACAUAAGAUGGUCCACACUAAAACAUACACCAUUUACUUGUGACAUUGACAAAGGCUCUUCACAAAAUGGCCCCCUACGAAGGCAUAAGGGGGUCCACACCUGUGUUUGUGGUAUAUGUGGCAAAGCUUGGUCCCGUUAAGACACCCAAACAUCUAUCAGAGGGACCACACUAAUGAGAAACUAUUUGCUUGUGACAUCUCAACCAGUAGCAACCUUGGAAGAUAUAAGAUGGUCCACAAUAAUCAGAAAGCAUUUGCUUGUGACUAUUGUGGCAAAUGUUUCUCACGGCAUAACCAUC